UUAAGGGAAUCAUUAGCUCUGGCAUCUGUUUUGGUGCACAGGUUAUACCUAUCAGAAUAAAUGCCAUCAUCUGCGAUGCACCUGCACGAGCAUUUAUCCUGAGUGUAAGAAACCACACUGGGUACUACAGCUGUACAAAAUGCACUGUGAAAGGCCUCUACAGUGAAGGGAGAGUGUGCUUUCCGGAAAAAAGUGGGAAUCUGCGCACUAACACCACAUUUCGAGGCCAAUUUCAAGAGCAACACCAUGUUGGCAAUACAGUUCUUGAGGAGUUGCCACUUGACUUGGUCAAAGACGUGCCACUGGAUUAUAUGCAUCUUGUGUGUCUAGGAGUCAUGCGAAAACUGCUUCUGUUGUGGUUUCGAGGUCCCAAGCAGAUUAGACAAGGGGCUUCUGCACAAAAUCGAAUUUCAGCCAAGCAAACAGAGCUUUCUCUUUUUGUACCAUCUGACUUCAAUCGACGUCCAAGAGGUCUACAUGACAUAGAUCGCUGGAAAGCAACAGAAUUCAGGUUUUUUUUGUUCUAUAGUGGGCCACUGGUGUUGUUUUCUGUAGUGCCACAAGGGAUGUAUGAAAACUUUCUGUGUCUUCAUGUAGCAAUAACCAUACUUGCAUCACAAAGCGCUGUAGCUGCCGAGCUUGACUAUGCUGAGGAGCUUUUGAAGUUAUUUGUUAGAGGCUUUGCAGAAAUAUAUGGGCAGCACCGUGUAUCCCAUAAUGUACAUGGGCUAUGCCACCUUGCAGAUGAUGCAAGACAUUUGGGGCCACUGGACUCAUGGAGUGCAUUUCCAUUUGAGAGCCACAUGCGCACCAUCAAGAAGCUUCUGAGAAAGCCGCAGCACCCACUGGAGCAACUGUCAAACAGAAUUGCUGAAACAAAGAAGCUUCAGUGCAGAAAAAAAUGACUGUGAUCAAUAUGCAGUCGUCAAGUUUCCAGAGGAAGGCAACUCUGUGGCUCUUGUACAUACCAAGUGACUGCAUGGCGAUGUCUGCUUGUGGCCACAGGAUUCCAAGAAUGUUUCGUAUUUAGCAAAAUGUGGAGCCUCUCCAUCCUCCAACUGGCAAGUCGUGCCAUGUGUACCCAUAGACACAUUCAGAACAUAUGAUGCAGCGUGACAAAAGCUCAAGCAAGCUGAAGAUGGGUCAGACUUGGGGAGUGAAGUGGACCUGGGACGGGGCAAAAGAAAAAAGCAACGAAGAGCCCUUAGCUCAAGUCCGGAAAGUGUGCAGCGACUACCACUUCCACCGCCCUCUAUGAUGAAAAGUAUCUUUACUAUUUGUUUUUCACACUAGCAAGCUUUGUUCACUAUAUUCCUCGUAUUAAUUUUUCUAUGCCACAUAAUUUUUCCCAUUAAUAUGCUAAGUAGGCCUGCACCUUCAAAGAAAACACAUGUGGGUUUCCCUGGCAGGUGGGCAGUGACCUGCCAUUUUGCAAAUUCACCUCUACAUUGUAAAUUUUUAUACAGCUCUGUAAAAUGAAGCUCUCUGCUUUCACUAGAAACUGGCGGCAUCUGAGCUUUGAAAUCACAUUGCAUGUGGUUGGUACACUAAGGAAUUGUAGCUUGUUUCUCGAAUCCUUUCAAUGUCGUUUUUUUCAAUUUUAGAAGCACAGAAGAGGGAUGGGAGACGUAUUCACAAGCAGUCAUCACAUGCAUCAACAUCUAAGGCUAAUGAUCCCAAUGUUUGCAGUGAUCAAGGCGCAGUGCAAUGUGCACAAAUGUGUGCUAGCGAGACUUCAGAAUCUGAGGCUGAGGCUGAGUCUGGAGGUGAACAAGAUGCAAUGCAAGAAUCAUCAGGCGUUAAAAGAUCGUUCACAGCUCACUCUUUGAUGAAAAGAGCAAGCCAAAUGGGAAAUACACAGUGCAACAAUGAGAAGUGGCAUUCAAGUCAGUCUGUUGCACCUAUUUCAGAUGAUGGCAUUAAGCAGGUCAUCAGGCUUCUACAAACGGUAAUCUUGAGAGUCGAGCACCUGGGAAGCCAACUAGACGUAAUAAAAGCAAAGCUUUGUGACCAACUGCAGCCUGAAGCAGAUUUGUUAGAAAAACCAUUUUGUGACAUCACGGAGUUCGAACUGUUUGAUCAAGGCCUCUCAGAAAGUGAUGCAAUGAAGUCAAAGUUGGUACGGGAACUCGCUGCCUUAGGAGGAAGAAAUGUUAGUUUGUCUACGCGUCGCAUUCUUGAAGCCCUGAUGACCCAGGAAGUGGCUGUUCAAUAUAGUUGGCUCGGACAAAAAGGAAAGAAGAAGUUCUUGUCGUUGACAACCUGCGACUUGAUAUAUAAAAGUGUUAAAUGCACAUUUGAAACUGUAAAAAGAAGUGAAGUUGAGGACGUUGUAAAAACGUGGCUCAGACACGCUGGGGAGAAGCUUAGAAAGAAUAACAAACAGUCUGAAAAAGUCACAGAGCUGCUGGAGUGACAACGCAGGCCUCACUGAAGUGCAGCAUGUUUCAACCACAGCACGGAGGACUUUUUUUCCACAUUUUGCUGUUUUAAUGAUAAUUUCGUCAUUAUAAUACCCAUUUUUACUUUUCCGUUCUUUAAUAUUUAAAGAUUGUAUUUUAAUUCCUCAUUUUCUAGUCAUUUUUAGUCAGUUACAGUUUAUUACUCAUUUUUGCAUUGCUGUAGCAGGAAGACAAUAUUUUCGCGCAUUAAGAGUGAUGCCUUAUGUAUUCAUGUUUUUUAUAAUAAAUUUUAUAUUUAAGCUUU